CGCAAAACAAGGCGCCCGGGCUUACCGAGGAGGAGCGGAGCCGAGAGGGAGGAGGAGGAGGAGGAGGAGGAGGGGGGAGACAGAGAAAAAAGGGCCGGCGGGGAUCGGAGAGGGAGAAGACAAGAGACCAGAGUCAGGGAAAAAAAAAAAGCAGCGGCUCUGCAACUCGCACUAAGCGGGCGGCCUGUGGUAGUAGCCAGCCAGCGCAGCGCACAGCCCACUCGGGCGCCAGCAACGGGAGGGAGGGACGGAAAGAGAGACACGCAGAGAGAGAGAGAAAGGGAGGGAGAGGGAGAGAGAGAGACACAGCGCUCUCCAUUUUUCUCCAAGCCUGAUCUCUCCUCACGUGUCCUGGAAAGGGGAUCUCACAUGACCCGUGUGUUUGUCCCCGUGAUCAAAACUUCCAUCUCCAUCUCUCUGAAAUUCACAUUUUAAAUACAAACCCCAGGUCCCCACAUGGACAUGCUAGAACAGACGCUGGAUACCGCGGCCAGUCACGAGAAAGGACAAGAAACAGAGGAAGUUGUUCAGCUGCAGGAAGGGGACGGCACUGGAGGGGAGGAGCAGGCAGCAGUGGCCAUAGCCAGUGUCCAGCAGGCUACAGCGUUCGCAGACCACAACAUCCAGUACCAGUUCCGAACAGAGAACAGCGGAGGACAGGUGACAUACAGGGUUGUCCAGGUGACAGAUGAGCAGCUGGAUGGGCAGACAGAUGCCACGGGGGCAGUCAGUGUGGUCUCCACUGCAGCUUUCACAGGCGGUCAGCAGGCAGUCGCACAAGCGGUGAUCCAGAACCCCUUUAGCAAUGGCGGCAGCCCGGCUACAGACACGGUCAGCGGAGAGACGCGCUUCGCCUACUUCCCCGCCUCCACGGUGGGCGACGGCACAGCCACGGCGGUUUCGGUGCAGGCCACAGACCCCACGCUGGCUCAGGCUGGAGGUCAGUUCUAUGUCAUGAUGACUCCUCCAGAUGUCCUUCAAUCUGGCACUCCCAGAACCAUCGCCCCCAGGACGCAUCCAUACUCAACAGACACUGCUGAAAACGAGAUGCUGCAUCAUGACAAUUUAUCCUGGAAGAUGGAUGGGCCAAGAACGCCGAGAGACGAGAGGAGGCGAGCGCAGCACAAUGAAGUGGAGAGGCGGCGAAGAGACAAGAUUAACAACUGGAUCGUGACGUUGUCCAAGAUCAUUCCAGACUGCAACACUGACAACAGCAAGACAGGAGCUAGUAAAGGUGGGAUCCUGUCAAAGGCCUGUGACUACAUUCGUGAACUGCGACAGAACAACCAACGUCUGCAGGAGAGCUUCAAGGAGGUGGAGAGAGUGCAGGUGGAUAACGAGCUACUACGACAGCAGAUCGAAGAGCUGAAGAACGAGAACGCUCUGCUUCGCGCCCAGCUGCAGCAACACGGCAUCGAGGUGGUGGGGGAGGCGUCAGGGCAGUAACCAGGAGUGCCCAACAAGAGCAGCAGAGGAAGAACCAUGACUGCACAUGUGGCCCCACGUGACCUUUUCUUUCCAGGAAGAGAGCCAGCAGCCAGUUGCAUCUCCCUGCACCGGGAACCUCAUCAUUUUAUUAAAAAAAAAAAAAGAACCUAGAGGAAAUGCAAACAAGCAAGAUGAAGUACUGUAGUAAUCUUUUUUGUACAUUGGGUGGUGCUGUUGGCCAAGAAAUAGUCCAUUUAGGUUUAUUUUUAUUUAUUUCAUUAUCUUCCCCCUCACGGUCUGCAUUUGCCAAUGCUGUGUCUACAUUUUUGCCUGGCCUCCUGUUUUCUUUUAGUAUUGUUACUGUUAGAACUUGUUUUUAACGUUGUUUGAUUUUAAUUUUUAUCUUAAAUUAUUUGUUUCAGGGGAAAAACAUGACAGCAGUACCCCAUGGGUUGUAUAUGCUCUCUGCUAGAAUGUCUACAAAAAAACUGGUUCACUGUGCCCAAUCACUUAAGCAUUGGGGUUUUCGGGGAGAGAUUUGUCUGUAAUAUUGACAAUAGUAAAUAAGCGUGGAACAAAAGUGAAAGUGGGGAAUGUGUUAUACCAGCCCAUUUUUUGGUCUAAGUUAUAUUCCUUUAUUUGUUGUUGUGUCUUGUUGUAAAGGCCAGAAACCCUUUGUGUUAACAUACAACAAAGAUCUGUGUUACACAAGGUGCCCCUUUUUAAAUUGCUUGAUCAUUUAGAGCCCAUGUACGUCAUUCCUACCUACCCAUUUUUUUUUUUGUGAUUUUCAGAAAACAUUAGGGAUUUCUUUGUGGGGUGUACGUGCCCCAUAUUCAGCAAAGACCUUAUGUCUGAGAUAUCUGAGAAUCUGUGGGUAGUAAGGAAGUCCAGUUCAGGAGACGAUCAUGAAUGUGUUCACCAGAAAACGUGGGCCCUCAGGUCUUCAGGUAGCUGGAAGGGUCUUACGCUUUGAGUUUCUCCUGCUGCAUUUUCACAAAUAUGAAAAAGAAGCUGGGUGUGGAGAAAGCACAAACCUAUAUACAAGAUUUAUACAGGAUUUGAGAUUUGUAUUGCUUAUUAUUAAACUCCAUUGCCUUAGAAAAGCACUGGUCGAAUUUAAAAUGUACUGGAAGCGUUCUUAGAUUUUUUUUCAAAUCUGAUGUUUCAUCAUAAGGAAGAUGAUGAAGCAGUAGCAUAAUCUUCCAUUUUUAUACAGUACUAUCAAGGACAGUUCAUUGUUAUGUUACAUGUAUUGACUGUUUCUGUUGAAACUUGAAUUGCAAACAUUUAAAAGCUUGGAUCUUAUUGUAUGAAACCUGGUGUUGUAAUCUUCCACAGUAGACACAAAAAUGUUCUAAAACUAAGCUGAUUUGUGAUGAAAAGCAAGAACUGGUGGUUAAAUCUAAUAAGUCUGAUGCAGCUUUUGCUUGAUUUGAGGGGCAGCUGCAGGAACCAGGUAAUGUUAAUGUUUUUCAUAAUGCGCCUUUUCAAAGGACAGUCUUCAACUGUCUUCCAAUUCCAUGAGGAAAUAUGUUUAAUAAUUUGACACCAAGUGAAGAUAAAGCAGACAUAAGGUGUCAUACCUUCACUAUUGAAUCCUGAUUCCUAAUCUGAAUAUCUCUUUUGAAAGAUGUAACUGAAUAAGAUUUUUAGUUUGUUUUCACUAUUGCAUUCAACACAGUAUGAAUGUCCUUGUAGUUGGAAAGUGGUUAGUCAGGUCAGCUUUAAAAUGACUCUGUUUUGGAGUGUAAGAUCUUUUCUAUUUUUUUCAGGGUAAAGUAUAAUUUGUUACAUUGUCUUCAGAACCAUUUGCAUUUCCACUCUAAUGUGGUAGAAUUCUGUGCAGCUAAACUUUUAUACAAUGACCUUAAAAUGUCAAAGAAUUCUAUUUCGGCUGCUGCGUUUACUUUGUAGAAAGAUUUCAAGCUAGCAGUGUUUUUUUCUGAAGCCCAGUGAGUUAAUUCCAUUUCAGUAAGUUCUAGGAUAGAUUUGCUUUUUGCCAUUUGUGCUGCUUCAUAUCUGCUAGAAUAAAUUCUUGCAGGUGGCCAAGGUGGUUUAUGUGACUUUGACCUUAUGCAAGUGUUCUGUCAUGUCACAGCUUGUGCCAGGAAAUCUGCAAGGCACCUUUAAUCCAGCAGUGUUUUAUUAAAGACCUUCAUAUUGGUAGGAGCCCAGGUGAAAAUUAUGCAGAACCUAAGCGCAGCCUAAUUUGAACUUUACUCAUGUGUAGUUAAAGUAACUAAGACCUGUGGAGGUUCUAGGUGGCUGUUCUACUGAACAUCAAAUUCAUAACUCAACCUAGAACGUAAUAAAAACUUUUGCAUUUCAGUUUUAAAAAAAAUGUAAGCACGUGUUUACUGUGAUUAUUAUAAGCACUUAUGGUUCUAUGUAGUAAUAGCUUGCAGUUAUUAUAUUUAUACUAGCUGUGAUCUAAUAUUUAUAUAAAACUUUUUUGUAAUGAUUAAUUUGUAUAUGGUGGGAUAGAUAAGAAAAAAGAAUAGAACAUGCUUAUAAGAUUAAUGUACGUUAUUUUAGAGUCCCGCCCAUAUAAUUGUUUAAUCUUAUUUUAUAGUAUUGUUUUUUGGUUAUUAUUGAAAGUGACUUAUUUGACAGUGAUAAGACCUUUGCCUGCCAUUUAGAUUUCCAAGUUUGUGUAACUUAGUUGGGUAAUAAGCUGAAGUUGCUAAAACUUUUUCCUGAAGUGAGUUUAUUGCUGGAUUUGUUGUGAAUAUCAUGAUGUUUGCUCUGAUAACUGUGUUAAAGUGGGGGGGGGGGAAAGAUGUGUUAUUACAUUUAAAAAAGCCACUGUUAACUUAACUUCCUUAAGUUAAACAGCCCAUAUCUUUUACCCUUUUAAGAUCUUGAGAAAAAGUACCACAGUAACUGAGGCCAUUAGGACCCUGUUUCUCAUGCAGUUGGUUGUAGCUUAAUGAUCUAAGAAUCUCUAUUAAGCUAUUCCGUUUCAGGAUCUUGGAAUAUUGCUUUACGGAUAUAUGAAUAAAAAUUGUCCACAGGAUAGGAUGCUGGAGAGAUUAGGAUUUUUGCACAGAGAACAGAAGAAAGUUGAUGUCCUGUUGUUCUUUGUUUAAAUUGCUUAUUCCACUAAUAUUCCAAACGUAAUCCAGAUUUAGGAAACAAAUCUAGGAAUCGCCACACUAUUCGUAUUUAGUUUGUAGUUUGUAUUGCUGUUCAUUGAACAUACAACAUGGAUCGUCUUCAUAUCUUCAUAUCAAGAACUGCAGCCAUUUCUGGUACAUAUUGUAUAAUGUGCUUUGGUAUUUUUCUUAUUGUAAUGGAGAUCUAGAUGGUAAAAAUAAUGAUCACUUGAUUGCUUGAACUAAGAAAAAAAACAAUUGAAGUGGCUCUUCAAUGGGAUUGGGGAAAAAAAAUUAUACAAUUUAACCUUGGAUGGUAAAAAUGCCUGUACCCCCACCCCAUGCAAAAGCAAACUGUUCUUUAGAAAGAGCAGACCUGAUGGUGAAGUUUCCCUGAACUCUGGUGAAUGGAUUCCCAACAGUGAUUAACUGUCCAAAUGCAAUGUACAGCAAAUAAUGGCCUUGAGAUUUUUUUGUUUGUAAAAAUGGUUUAUUUUUUGAAUGCCAUGCCCGGGGGUACCGUUGUUAGGGUCAAGAAAGAAUAAGGAAACCUCACAUUAAUAAGUAGAUUGUGUUCGGAGACUAAACUUGUAAAUCCGUCAAACUCUUUAGAUAAAACUGGGACAGUCAAAAUAAGACAUGCUCACUCUGUGUCCUUUCCAAUAUACUCCCUGCUUAAUUGUUGAGUUGGUAUUUAAUGUAAGGAUUAGUAUAACGGAGUGGAUUGGAAGGGUCACCAUGCCAUGCUGAAUACCCCUUAUCUGACUCAUAAUUGGUGGUAUGAAUGGCACACCCAGUGGACACUGUGUUAAGUUAUUGGUUCAGGAACUGUUUGAAGCACUUAGGUGGGUCGUGCUUUUGAUGGCGAGAGAAACGUGGAUGAGAAACCCCACCUAUCUGGAUUUCAAGGCAACAGCACUACUCCUGGUCACAGAUUGCAGUGUGUUGGCUGCUGCGUUCACCUCUCGGCGGCGGGGGGUGAUUCACUAACUGCUCUUGUAAAUAUACAGCAACUGUAGCAACUCCACAGAAGGAAAGGACUGAUCGCAUUGAGACGGGACAAAAUAAAGCCGAGCAAGGCCCCGGAUGCGGAGGCGGACCUCGCGCUGCUUCGUUUGUGUGAAACUAAGGAGGACAGCCAAUAGCCUUUCACCCUUCUUUUCUCCUGAGCCCAUGGCUGGAACUGUUCUUACUGUGUAGGAUGACCAAGAAGAAAAAUGGUGGAAAGACGUCGGUUGUUGGUUAUUAAUUAUUUUGUACAUUGUUUUUUUCUUUAUUCUGGGUGGGAAUAGGGUGGGUGAGAGGGAAGGGAAAGAUGGGGAGAUAAGAUACAGCCUAAGACUUUUUUUUUUCCUUCAGUAGUGUAAGCAUGGAAUUAAUUCAUAGCAAAGGCUAAGAGUCUUGCUCAACACGAAAUAGCCAAUGGGUCACACCUUCCUUUUUUUUCCUGAAGUAGCAAAACAGAAAUAACUACCAAUGGUAGGGCCCCAGACCCAUGGGCAAGACCCAGUGGCUGUGUGUCUCUAGGUAGCUAGGAGCCAAUCACAUUGUUGUCUUUUAUAACAUUGCAAAAUAAAUAACUGCGAAAUUUC